AUGAAGACUGAACUAGAGAAGCACUUAUUAACGCGGAGUUAUGACGAUCAAGAGAGGAUAGAAGAACUUUUGGAGACAAGGUACUCCUUAACCGGAUCCCAAAGACCUACAUUGGUUCUUUUGCCUACGGGACACGAUGAAACACCAAAAACAAAGUCAUUAUUACAUAGAGAUGAUACUAUUGAUGAUGAACAAUUCAAUAAACGUAAGAUUAACACCCGAUUAGAGGUACGAGAGUUUUUGAAAUCCACAAUUAAUAGUCAGAAGAAAGUGAUAAAGAAGGUUCAGGAACAUAAAAGAUCAAAAAACCCAGGGGAUAGUGCCGGAAAACCUUUUAAUGUGGUAAAAGUUUUAAACCAUUAUAAGAUCCCAUUAUUCGAAGAUUUCAUGCCCAUGAGAAGUCUAUGGGAAAAGUAUGCACAGAAUUUAGUAUUCCCUGAUGUCAAAAGUCCUGAAAGUAAAAUCCCUGCAAAGCAAGCUAUGCUUUCGAAAUUGGCCAGUGCCGAAUAUACGGGAUGUUUCAUGAGAGUGUUGGAGUCCAGGAAUAAGAAUUUCGUAGGUGUAGAAGGAAUAGUGGCAUAUGAUACUCAAUAUUCGUUCAUUCUAUGUCUCCCUCGAGAUGAAGAUCCAGACGCUCCACCCUCUAAACAAGUAGGUGGGUUGAGGAUCAUUCCUAAGAGGUAUACGUUAUUCUCAUUCGAUAUACCGUUACCUAACACCACAGAGCUGAAGGAACAUACAUAUGUCUCCUUCACUCUCAUUGGGUCUAGGAUCGAAUACCGUUCGGUUGACAGAUCUACGAAAAAAUUCAAAAAUCAUAAUGUUGACGAUAUAUUAUAA